AUGGCAUCAGACGACAAUCUCUACGAAUACUACAAGCCCAACAAGAUUGUGGCCAUUGUUUUCGCGGCCAUUUUUCUUGCCACAUCGGUUAUACACACUUGGAAAAUCUUCACCACGCGACAAUGGUUCGGCAUUGCUAUUCUCCUUGGAGGACUUUUUGAAUUUGUGGGUCUCCUAGCACGAGCCUAUGGACAUGAUCACUUGGACAAACUUCCCCCAUACAUUGUUCAGAUGGUCCUGAUUCUCCUGGCACCAAUUCUUUACGCUGCCGGUGUCUACAUGUUCUUUGGACGUCUGGUUGUCGCGUCUGGGCACCCUAAGCUCUCGCUGAUCCGCGUCAACUGGGAAACCAAGAUCUUUGUUACUGGCGAUAUCCUCUGUUUCCUGGUCCAAGCCUUUGGAGCUGUCAGCCUUGCCAACCUGGUCAACUCUCACGAUAGUGACACCGCGCAUAAAGUCGAUGUCGCGAAAAACGUCAUCCUCGCUGGUCUUGCACUGCAGGUGAUCCUUUUCCUGGUCUUCCUCGUAUCAUCUGUGAUCUUCCAUAUCCGAGUAUCGAAGCGUCACAUUGCUAAGUCGGUCGACCCAACCCUGCGCCUGCAACUGAUGAUAUAUUCGAUCUAUGCGACCGGCGUUCUCAUCACAGGCCGAAACAUCUACCGUCUUAUUGAGUACAAGAGUGGGAAUGGCGGCUACCUCCAAGAGAACGAGUGGCCGCAAUAUGGCUUGGAUGUCGGUCUGAUGGCAAUUUACAUGGUCAUCACCUUUUUCUGGUACUUUGCGGAUACCAAGGCACGCGCAAACAACCCUGGAAAAUACGGUCGCGUUCCCGAAGAUCAGGCGGCCUGGUCGGGCAACAUCAACGACGACAGCUUCCCUCUCAACCACCCCAACGCUUAUGAAUCUGGCUAUGCCAAUGGCCCCCAUCUCCCGCCUCCCCAGGUUGCCGCAUACAACAAUACCGCUUAUAACCCUGCAUAUGAUCAUAAUAACCCUGGAUAUAGCCAUGCCUGA